GUCCCUGGUGCCCAGGCCUCAGGCAUCUUUCACAGGGAUGCCUGUACUGGGCAGGUCCUUGAAAGGGAAAGGCCCAUCGCUCUCCUUGCCCCCCUCCCCCAUUGCCAUGACAACUGGAUGGAAAUAAACGAGUCGAGUUCAUCCCGUUCCCAGGGCACGUGCGGCCCCCUUCACAGCCGAGUUUCCAUGACCUCAUGCUCUUGGCCCUCGUAGCUCCCUCCCCCCUUCUCCAGAUGGGCAGCUUUGGAGAGGUGAGGGACUUAGGGGGUAAUUUAUCCCGUGGAUCUAGGAGUUUAGCUUCACUCCUCCCUCAGCUCCAGUUCAGGUCCCAGGGCCCAUCCAGUGUCCACAAGGCCUGGGGCAGGUUUCUCCCCCAACCCCCUGGACUUUGGCUUUUGUCCCCCCAAAUUUUGGACUCCUAAAGGAAGAAUGAGAAACGUUGGCCCGUGUAAGUCCCUGGCUGCAGUGCCCCGUGCAGAGGAGGCCUCAGUGAACAGGAGUGUGACAGCCUGGGGCCCGGACACACAGGCCUGCAUUGAUGAGAACCUGGAGGUGGUGCGCUUCUUGGUGGAGCAAGGCGCCACUGUGAACCAGGCGGACAACGAGGGCUGGACGCCCCUGCAUGUGGCUGCCUCCUGUGGCUACCUAGACAUCGCCAGGUACCUCCUGAGCCACGGGGCCAACAUCGCCGCCGUCAACAGUGACGGGGACCUGCCCCUGGACCUGGCCGAGUCGGACCCCAUGGAGGGGCUGCUGAAGGCGGAGAUCGCCCGCCGAGGUGUGGACGUGGAGGCAGCCAAGCGGGCGGAGGAGGAAUUGCUGCUUCAUGACACAAGGUGCUGGCUGAAUGGGGGCGCCAUGCCAGAGGCCCGGCACCCCCGCACAGGCGCCUCUGCCCUGCACGUGGCUGCUGCCAAGGGCUACAUUGAGGUGAUGAGGUUGCUCCUUCAGGCUGGCUACGACCCGGAGCUCCGGGACGGGGACGGCUGGACUCCCCUGCACGCGGCGGCACACUGGGGCGUGGAGGAUGCCUGCCGCCUGCUGGCCGAGCAUGGCGGGGGCAUGGACUCGCUGACCCACGCGGGGCAGCGGCCCUGUGACCUGGCUGAUGAGGAAGUGCUGAGCCUGUUGGAGGAACUGGCCCGGAAACAGGAAGACCUUCGGAACCAAAAAGAAGCUUCCCAGAGCCGGGGCCAGGAGCCCCAAGCGCCCUGUAGCAGCAGACACAGAAGGAGCUCUGUGUGUCGUCUGAGCAGUCGAGAGAAGAUUUCCCUCCAGGACUUGUCCAAGGAGCGCCGGCCUGGUGGGGCUGGGGGGCCCCCCAUCCAGGACGAGGAUGAGGGGGAAGAAGGUCCCGCCGAGCCACGCCCUGCAGAGCCCAGAACCCUCAAUGGCGUCUCCUCCCCACCGCACCCCAGUCCUAAGAGCCCCGUGCCGCCUGAAGAGGCCCCCUUCUCCAGGCGCUUUGGCCUCCUGAAGACAGGGAGUUCUGGUGCCCUGGGUCCCCCAGAAAGGCGGAUGGCAGAGGGAGCCCCUGGGGCUGGGCUGCAGCGCUCGGCUUCGUCCUCCUGGCUGGAAGGGACCUCCACCCAGGCCAGGGAGCUCCGUCUUGCCAGAAUUACCCCGACCCCCUCCCGGAAGCUGCCGGAGCCCUCUGCCCUGUCUGAGGUCACCAAGCCUCCUCCUUGCUUGGAGAACUCCUCGCCUCCCACCAGGAUUCCGGAGUCUGAAUCUUCAGCGAAGCCAAACGCCCCCACAGCCUCCACAGCACCCCCAGCGGACUCCCGGGACCGACGGAGGUCCUACCAGAUGCCUGUGCGGGAUGAGGAGUCGGAAUCCCAGAGAAAAGCUCGCUCCCGUCUCAUGCGCCAGUCUCGGAGGUCCACGCAGGGUGUGACUCUGACAGACCUGAAGGAGGCAGAGAAGUCUGCAGGGAAGGCCCCAGAGUCAGAGAAGCUGGCGCAGAGCCUGGACCCUUCCCGGAGGCCCCGCGUCCCUGGAGUGGAGAACUCCGACAGCCCUGCCCAGAGAGCAGAGGCGCCUGACGGGCAGGGUCCAGGACCGCAGGCGGCCAGGGAGCCCCGCAAGGUCGGAAAGGAGUGGAGGGGGCCUGCGGAGGGGGAGGAGGCGGAGCCGGCUGACCGCAGCCCAGAGUCCAGCACCCUGGAGGGCGGCCCCUCGGCCCGCAGGCAGCGGUCACAGCGGGACCUCCACCCAGAACCUGAGCCAGAGUCGGAGGAGCAGGACGGAGGCUUUAGGAAGCUGUAUGCAGAGCUGCGCAGGGAGAACGAGCGGCUUCGCGAGGCUCUGACCGAGACCACGCUGCGGCUGGCGCAGCUCAAGGUGGAGCUGGAGCGGGCCACGCAGAGGCAAGAGCGCUUCGCUGAGAGGCCAGCCCUUCUGGAGCUGGAGAGAUUCGAGCGCAGGGCCCUGGAACGCAAGGCCGCAGAGCUGGAGGAAGAACUGAAGGCCCUGUCUGACCUCCGCGCUGACAACCAGCGCCUCAAGGAUGAGAAUGCAGCGUUGAUCCGCGUUAUCAGCAAACUCUCCAAGUGACCUGGAGGGACUUUCCCGCACCCGUAUUUAUACAGCUGCUUCUGCCACACGCACCCCUUCCCCCGUGUGAACACGAGUGACAGGGCUCCGGGGGAAGUCUCAGAGAAGCCAUAGCCCCCCUGGGACCUCCGAACUGGGAGGGGAGCAGAGUCCCCAGGAGCCAAGGGGGCCACCCGAGGCCAGGAUGGAGGUGGGAGGCCGAGCCAAGUAGGGGGACGUUGCCAGAGGGGACCAGGGCCAGAGCCGGGACUAGGAAGGAACUGAGGACCAAGAAGUGCAAGGACCAGUAGCCAGGACCAGAGUGGCCGCCUGGAGGUCCCCCUCUCACGUGUGAUGCCACCCCGUCACCCCCCCUCCUGAGCAGGGAUCCAAGACUGUGCCGAGAGUCCUGCCGGCCUCAGCCAGGUGGGCCUGUAUAUAGGGUCCAUGUGCAAUAGGGAGGGACGUCUUCUAUUUUUUGCUGCCCCCUCCCCGCCCACUGUCUGGGGCAGGGGGAGAAGGUAUUUUCGAGAUAAAGCACAGGCACCACAAAUAAAAGUCGUGAAGUUGCCACUCAA